CGCACCUUUCCCCUCUGACCCCGGGACGUCACCGCGCGGUGACGUAACAGGCGGCGGCGGCGGCGGCGGCAGCGCGCGGGGGGCUGCGAGGGGCGGCCGCUGCUUCUCGCGAGAGUUCGAGUUCUGCAGCUGUGCUCCAGCCUCUCCCUGGCUGAGGUGUGAGUCUCCCUGGCCCUGCCGUGGUUCCCAGCAUGUACCUGAGCAGCGCUGCCCGUGCCCUGAGCCCUCUGCGUGCCGGGAUCCGGCGGCUCCCGCUGAUCCAGCAGCGGUCCAGAGGGUUCUCUUACAAAGCCGUGCUCUUUGAGGAGAGCGGGGUGCUGCUCCCAGCCCCUCACAGGACAGCCACAGACUGGGAGGCCCGGAGCUGCAUUCCAGCCGGCACCGUCCAGCAAGCUGCGCUGUCUGGAGGGGAGAACAGCCUCUCUCUGCAGUAUUCCAGAGGAGAGCUGACAGCUGUGGAGUUCCUGCAGGAAUUGGGACAACAGUGCUUUGAGAUUGCAAAUGUCCGUGUUCCAGUGCACUCCUUUCUCUGGGAUUUAAUCCGAAAGGAGAUGAGAAAACAGCUCCCCAUAAUGGCAGAAGCAGCUCAGUGUAUCCGGGCAGAAGGGCUUAGGACAGCUCUGCUGAGCCACAGCUCGUGCCUGGGGGAUGGAGCGAGGUUCCUGCCCCUGCACCAAGAGCACUUUGAUGUGAUGGUUGAAUCACAUCAGGAAGGGAUGCCCAGGCCAAAUCCUGGGAUCUACGAGCUGUGCUUGGAGCGCCUGGGUGUCCAGCCCCAGGAGUCCAUCCUGCUGGACAGCAGCAGCCAGAACCUGGAGGCAGCAGCCCAGCUUGGCAUGAAAACAGUGAAGGUUGAUGAUCCAGAAGCAGCAGUCAGAGAGCUGGAAACCCAUCUGGGAUUUCCUUUGCGAGGGUUUGUUCCUUAUACUCGUUCAGUGAGACCAGGCAAGGAAAUCCCAAAGGAUCGUCUGCAAAAGUACCUUGGAGAUGUUCUUGGUGCCCACCCCACAGCGCCACUGGAGUUACGGCAGUUUGACCACGCAGAGUCCACCCGGAGCUAUUUGGUGAAAUUUGGAGGUCGUUUGCUGGUGCUGAAGAAGGAGGAGGAGCCUCCCGAUGGCCCCUCAGGCCUUUCUGUCCCAAGGGAAUACAGGGUCCUGAAGGCUCUGGCUGAGUCUGGUGUUCCUGUGCCCCCUGUGCUUGCUCUCUGCGAGGACAGAAGCAUCCUCGGCACUCCUUUCUUCCUGCUGGAGCACUGUGCUGGCCGCAUCCACCGCGCCGUGUCCCUGCCCGCGGUGCCGCCGCGCCGGCGCGGGGCCUGGUACGGGGCCAUGGCAAACGUCCUGGCCAGGAUCCACAGCCUGGACCUCGGAGCAGCCAAGCUGCAGGACCUCGGGGAGCACGGAAAUUACAUCCAGCAGCGGGUUGAGACCUGGACAAAGCAGUAUCGAGCUGUGGAAACUCAGGUGAUCCCAGCCAUGGAGAGGCUCAUCCAGUGGCUGCCUCUGCAUUUUCCUGAAUCCCAGAAGACAACAGUGGUGCACGGUGAUUUCAGGAUGGACCACCUGGUCUUUCAUCCAGACAGGCCAGAAGUCCUUGCUGUGCUGGGCUGGAAGUUUGCCACUCUAGGAGAUCCCAUGUGUGAUUUGGCGAAUAACUGUAUGAGCUUCUUCCUGCCAGCCCACUUUGGUGCUCGCAGAGGCUCGAGGAAGUGUGACUCGGGGAUUCCCACGGCAGAGGAGUAUUCCCAGAUGUACUGUGGCCACAGGGGAGUGGAGCGCCCGGAGAGCUGGAAUUUCUACCUGGCCUUUGCCUUUUUCCGCCUGGCUGUGAUGCUGCAGGGACGUCACCGUGGCUCCCUGGCAGGGAGGCCAGCUCCAGGUGACAGCAGCCCCAAGGAUGCAGAGUUUGUGGCCGAGCUGGCUUGGGAUUUUGCUGUUAGAGAAGGAUUCCGUGUGUUUGAGAACCUCUCCCCCACAAAGCUGCUCCUGCGACAUUCCAGCACCUGGGCCGGGCAAGGGCCUCUCCUGGGCAGGGGUUACAGCACCUGGGCACGGCCUGGGGCAGCCCCUGUGCCCAGAGCCCCCCUGGUCACUCCCCCCAGCAGCCUGGGCACGGCCCAGGGGCUUUGCUGCAAGAUGGAAAAUACGGGCAUCCAGUGGGGCUUCCCGAGUUCCCAUUCCAGAGGGACUCCACGUCCUCUGCCAGAGCUGCAGGCACAGAAUGCCAGGACCAAGGCAGGGGCACUGAUGGCUGCACAGGGCACCAAGGUCCCUGGAGCAAAACAUCUCCACAGUGCAGAUCCCAGCCCAGCACUUCCCUUGGACCUGAGCUCCACGUCCGGCUGAGGGUCCCCAGGGGUUCACAGGACAGGACUCUCCAAACCAGAGCUGGGCCAGGAGCUGCAGCGCUGGGAAACCUCGGAUGGGGACCCAAACCAGCCACUCUGGCCGGGGAGAGGCCAUGCUGAGGGCAGCCUGUGAGCUCAGUUCCAGUGGUGUUUGGUGUUAUCUGUGCUCAGUGCUUUUAUUGCCUGGCUCAAUACGGGGCCAAGUCCACCCUUGGAUCAUGCAGGAGUCAGAAGGGAGCAGGGAGAGUUGGUUGGAGUGACCUGGCUGGGGGUGCAUGACUUGGUUUUGGGAAUAAAGAGACUGGACCAGCACAUCUCCUUCAGCACAUCUCUGCUUCUUCAGCACAACCUGCAAAUGCUGGAAUAACCCUUGGUGGCGGAAGGAACUGAAUCCAGUCCUCCAGGUCUCUGGAUUCAGGGGAGGCUGGAGCUGAGGCAGUGCCUGCCCUGUGGACCUGGGAGAAACUGGGAGGAUCCAUGGUCCCAUGAGUGUGGUGGGGUCUCUUUGGGGACCACGGAGGGUGCAGACUGGAGCUU